GUUCAUCCAUCUUCUUUGCCCCGUUUCAUCACCAUCGCUUUUGCUACUCGAUGCAUUAAUUCUUCUCAUAUCAUGUUCUUCUUUCGGUAUCUUUAAUGCCUUGUCGGGCCUGAGAAAGAUUCCAGACGCAAACAAGCAUUUCUCAUUUCGUCACACACACAUAUCUUCUUUCUUAGUCUCUCUAUUAUUAUCCUCCAUACUUCUAGACGUAUGCUUUCUUCAUCACAACCCCUCAGCCUUUCCCGAGGCAGGGAAAGGGAACGGUGGCGGGGUAGAUGCAGGAAAGACCUAUGGUUAAUACGUAAUAUGUAAUGUAAUAAUGUAAUUGAAAUCCUCCUUCUCUACCUCGUCCAGAUCGACUUCGUGCAUUCAAAUUUACAAAUAAGCAGGCUAUAUAUACAUCCGAUAAUGCCUAAUGCCAAAAAUCAUUUCAAGUUCGCAGAAAGCAUGGCUAAGUAACAGAAGAGCACAAAGGAAGAGAGAGUGCUCUGCCUGGUUGGGGCUCCUGAAACUAGAAACCCCAUCAUCUUCACGUUUUGCCUUGCUCUGUGAGGGGAACUAGUUCAUGCCUUGGGCCGCCGAUUGGUAAAAAAUCGUACGUUUGGGUUCGGCCCGAAGAAGCUUCACUCUUACACAUACACCCUUUACAUUCUCAAGUGUUUCACGUUGUAUAUGCGCGCGGAGAAGAGGUAUUUGGAAGAGUAGUCUAAGCGCUGCCUGUCGUAACCGCUCUUGCACUGGUCAUCAUGGAGUUGACAAGUGUCCUGAUUUACGAUUCUCUGUAUCGAAAUCUAGAACUGAGAUUUCCAGGUUUCGUGGAUGUCCUCUGGAAGACGGUAUACGCGCACGCGUACGAGACGCGCGAGGUUCGUGGGGGAAGAAGGAUGGAAAAGAUUUCGCGUGCGACCAUAUCCCGUUCCUUCGCCGUUACGCAACUGGCGGCUCCGUUCUUCUGGCCUUGCUCGAUCCGAAGUCGGGCGGUACAAUUUCAAUGACACGUUCUCCACACCAACUAUCAAAGAGGCCGUUGCUCACUCGCUCGCCCAAGUCCAACAGCGAAAACGAACAAACUGGCGCAUGACGCGAUCCGCUCACCCACCCACCCAGAAUU